UGAGCUAUCAAACCAGGCGCACGAAUUUACGACGUCACUCUCGUGUCUCCUUUCUCGAUGCUUCCUCAUACACACAUUACCGUUCGCUGACCCGCCAGUUGUUUAAACUGACGCAUGCGUACGUCUACAACUGUGUGUCUGCGAGUGGCUCUGCGGCUCUGCAGGGGAUGAAUCUCUAUCUCUCUCACUCUUACUAAUCAGAACAAGAUGAAGUUCCUCAUUUUGCUCCUCUUCUGUCGCGAUGUAUCUACAGUGAAACACUCCCUGAAACAUAUCAUUACUGCAACUUCUGGAGUCCCAAACUUCCCAGAGUUUGUGGCUACCGUGAUGACCAAUGAAGUGCUGGUGGGUUACUAUGACAGCAACAUCAAGACCCUUGAACUCAAACAGGACUGGAUGAGGAAACUAGCAAGGGAUGAGCAACAACACCUGAAGUCGUAUUCUCUGAAGUGUUUAGGUAGCCAGCAGUUCUUCAGAGCCAACUUGGACAGCCUGAAGCAGCGCUUAAACCAAACUGGAGUGAAACACUCCCUGAAAUUGUUCUCUACUGCAACUUCUGGAGUCCCAAACUUCCCAGAGUUUGUAGCUGCUGCGAUGGUCGAUGAAGUGCUGAUGGGUUACUGUGACAGCAACAUCAAGACCCUUGAACUCAAACAGGACUGGGUGAGGAAACUAGCAAAGGAUGAGCCACACCACCUGGAGUGGUAUUCUCAGGAGUGUUUUGAUAGCCAGCAGUUCUUCAGAGCCAACUUGGACAGCCUGAAGCAGCGCUUAAACCAAACUGGAGUGAAACACUCCCUGAAAUUUUUCUCUACUGCAACUUCUGGAGUCCCAAACUUCCCAGAGUUUGUGGCUGCUGCGAUGGUCGAUGAAGUGCUGAUGGGUUACUGUGACAUCAACAUCAAGACCCCAGAGCCCAAACAGGACUGGGUGAGGAAACUAAUAAAGGAUGAGCCACAACACCUGGAGUGGUAUUCUCAGGAGUGUUUUGAUAGCCAGCAGUUCUUCAGAGCCAACUUGUACAGCCUGAAGCAGCGCUUAAACCAAACUGGAGAUGUCCACAUUUUUCAGAGGAUGAACGGCUGUGAGUGGGACAACGAGACUGGAGAGGUUGUUGGUUUUAGUCAGUACGGUUAUGAUGGAGAAGACUUCCUUGUGUUGGACCUGCAGACGCUGACAUGGACCGCUCCAAAACAACAGGCCUUCAUCACUAAACUUCGAUGGGAUAAUGAUAAAGAUAGAUUAGAAUACGACAAACACUACUAUAUCCAAACAUGUCCUGACAUGCUGAAGAAGUACCUACAGUAUGGAAGGAGCUCUCUGCAGAGAACAGAGCGUCCCUCAGUGUCUCUCCUCCAGAAGACUCCCUCCUCUCCAGUCAGCUGCCACGCUACAGAUUUCUACCCCGACAGAGCCAAGAUGUUCUGGAGGAAAGAUGGAGAGGAGAUUCAUGAGGACGUGGACCUCGGAGAGAUCCUCCCCAACCACGAUGGAUCCUUCCAGAUGAGUGUUGAGCUGAACCUGUCAUCAGUCGCACCUGAAGACUGGAGGAGGUACGACUGUGUGUUUCAUCUCUCUGGUGUGGUGGACGACAUCGUCACCAGACUGGACAAAGCAGUGAUCAGGACCAACUGGGUUCCUCCAGCAGGGUUCCCUGAUGGUCCUGUUAUUGGAGUUGUUGUAGGACUGCUGCUGCUGCUGCUGGCAGUCUGCAUCGCUGGACUCUUCAUCUGGAGGAGGAACAAUAACGGGUUUCGCCCUGCUAACACGGGGCAGUGAACAUAGAAGAGGAUGCUGAACUCCACAACUUAUCGUCUCAGAGGACUUUACAAUCUGUACAACAAAUGGCGUUCUCUACCCUUCAUUUGGAUAAAGAAAACCCCCCAAACUCAUUUAAUAAAUCUCUCUAAUGAGAGCUGCUCAUCUGAUUGGCUGCCAUACUGAAGGAGAGAAGAAGUGUUCGGAUGGACUUGCAUUUAUAUAGCACUUUUCUAGUCUUCCGACCACUCAAAGCUCUUUACACUACAUGUCAGCAGUCACCCAUUCACACACACACAUUCACACACUGAUGGCAGAGGCUGCUAAGGUGCCAACUUUGCCCAUCAGGAUCUAAUCUAAAUACUCAUUCACUCACCGAUGGCUAUGCCUUUGGGAGCAAUUUGGGGUUAAGUGUCUUGCUCAAGGACACAUCGACACGUGACCGGAGCAGCCGGCUGAUCUACAUCUAUUUCGAAUUAUUUAAGUCUGUUUUUCUGCUGAUCUGCUCCUAGACCCAUCCUGGUCAAGUUCUUACAUUUCCAGGACAAAGUGAGGAUUUCACGUCUGGCCAGGGAGAGAAAGGAGCUCACCUUUGAUCAAUAAACGCCGGCAGUUUGAUGCUGUCAAAAAGAAACAUUGUGCCGCUGAUAUCAAAUACUCUCUGCUGUAUCCUUGCACGCUGAGAGUGAUGGUGGAGGGAAAGCCAAAACUGUUCCGCUGUCCCGAGGAAGCUGGGACUUUUUUUCCGAGACCUCUCCUCUUCCCCAUGACAGUACUGUGAGUAGAUCAUCCUGCAAGUUGACAACCUCCUAAUUUUGUUUGCCUGACUGAUGUUAAGUUCUUUUCUCCUGGAUCACGUCGCGUGACUGGAACAUUGACUUUAUUAUUUCAGUAACUUCAGCUUAUUUCCUUUAUUCUGUCAUUUGCAAACAAUAAUUUUACUUGCAAACUUUAUUUUGUGUAGCCUACUAUGUGAGAACGCCAAGGGGCGUGAGUCAAUGUUUGCCAUAAAUUGUGACGCCAGUGGCGUCAGUUCCAGUAGACUGUCAUAAUGACGCAAUGUCGCAAACUAACCACUGUUGUAAACCAUGGAAUAUUGAACGUUUGCUAACUUCUGCCUUUUCAUGAAAUGAAAUGGCCCUCUUUCUUUUGUUACCUACA